AGGGGGGGAAAGCAAACAAUUUUCAGGCCCGCAGCGUCCAGCAAAAAAUAUGAGAAAAAAAUUAUUAAAAAUUCAGAAAAUUGUUUGAAGUCAAGAAAAAGGCAAUAGAAAGGAUGUUAAGGCUUCUGCGGCCCAAAGUACUAACUGUGUUGACCACAUGAAACAAGGGAACCCAGCCAAAGCUAAAGCAUUUAGUAGAGCUGGGCCAUAGUCAAGUGUCCAGCGAGGAGGCCUGCCUUAGACUGCAAUGGACACGGUCAUACCCGGUGAUUUAGCAAAUGUUAAGGACACCCAGAAAGUCCCAGCAGCAGCAGGGAGACGUAAGCGAGGUGAAAGCAAACCUAGAAAAAACUUUCUGUGCCAGCUGUGUGAUAAAGCCUUUAGCAGUGUUGAGAAAUUAAAGGUGCAUUUAUAUUCUCACACAGGCGAAAGGCCCUACCCGUGCUCUCAACAAGACUGCACCAAGGCCUUUGUUUCCAAGUACAAGCUCCUAAGGCAUAUGGCUACUCAUUCUCCUGAGAAAAUCCACAAGUGUAAUUAUUGUGAGAAAAUGUUUCACCGCAAGGAUCACCUAAAGAAUCACCUUCAUACACAUGACCCAAACAAAGAGGCUUUUAAGUGUGAAGAAUGUGGCAAGAACUACAAUACCAAGCUUGGUUUCAAGCGUCAUUUAGCCUUACAUGCUGCAACCAGAGGUGACCUCACCUGUAAGGUCUGUUUGCAAACAUUUGAAAGCACAGGGGUGUUGCUGGCACACCUGAAGACCCACGCUGGUAAGUCUUCAGGUGGGACCAAAGAGAAGAAGCACCAGUGUGAACACUGUGACCGCCGUUUUUAUACCCGCAAGGAUGUUCGUAGGCACAUGGUGGUGCACACUGGGAGGAAGGACUUUCUCUGCCAAUACUGCGCUCAGAGAUUUGGUCGGAAGGAUCACCUAACACGACACAUGAAGAAAAGCCACACGCAAGAACUGCUUAAGGUCAAAACAGAACCACUGGACCUUUUAGACUCCUUCUCCUGUAACCUUUCUUUACCAAUAAAAGAUGAACUGCAUUCGAUGAUGUCCAUAUCUUCCAGUGAACUUGCCUGUAAGCCAUUUGCCAACACUUUGCAGCUAAACAUCUACAACUCCCAGAUCCAGCCAAUGCAGAGUGUGGGACCUGCACACCAAAUGGUCACCACAUCCUUGCCUUUUGGAGUGACCUGUCCUCUCGACAUGGAGUCAGCCACUCUCCUUCCCCACCAGCUUUCUUUGAAAUAUCAACUUGGUUCUACCUCGUGUGCCAUUUCUAUGCCUGAAAAAGAACAGCCAUUAAAGGGAGAAAUAGAGAACUAUUUAAUGGAACUACAAAGCAGUAUGCCCUCUUCAUCACAGGAUACACAAAGCGCUGCUUCAAAGCUACAGUUGGAGGCACUGGAUGACGUACCUGGGGAUGUUUCACUCUCAAAAAGCUCUGCUUCUGCCAGUGACCCUCUUCACUCCUCUUCAUUAGACUUCUCUCAACUAUUUAAUUUCCUGCCUUUAAAUGGCCCUCCAUAUAACCCAUCUGUUUCAGUCGGAGGCCUGGGAAUAAGUUACACCCAAGACGAUACUCUAUCCUCUCUGUCCCAGCUCCCCUCACAGUCCCAGGAGCCACAACACCCUGGGAGUGUUGUGGGCAUAAGCCACUUACAAGGAUUGCCUUCAGCCUUUACAACCAGUCUAAGCACAACUACCACCCUGCCUUGCUUUCACCAAGCCUUUCAGUAGACUAUGGGAGCUUCUUACCAGAGGAAAGCUAAUGUAACUGCCAAAUAUUCAAAAGUAUUUUCAAAAAGCCAGUAACAGAAUUUUAAAUGUAUUGUAGUUUACAAGUGUAGACUCCUUUUUGGUGGUAAUGUGGUUAGGUUUUUGAUAACAUCCACAGGUGGCAUUUUGCCUUAUUCUGAGAGUGUUACUCUUAGAAGCAGUUUUGUUAAACUGACACUUUUAAAAAGCUGCAGCUUUGAUCAGCCACCACUGCUAUUUUUUUCUGAAAGGUCAAUAACAGCUUUUAGUAUUUUUGGGAUUUGGAGAGGUUGCCUGCAACAGUGAAUGCCCCUAAUGGUAUGCGAUUACUGUAACCUUCAAUCAUUUUAAAACAAACGCUAAACAGUUAAUAGGGUCCCCUUUCUUACAAAAGUGUGGUGCAAUACUGUAUAACAGUAACCAGUUUUAAAUGUCUAAGUAAACAUAUAGCACUUCGCAUAAGUUCAUGUGUAUUUAUGCCUAAAAAAAGUUAAUUUCCUGCUAAGCAUUUGAAAUCCUUUCAAGACCCUCAGUUUUAGUGAAAUAUUUAACUGUUAAUCGUGUAAUAGUACUUAUGCAAAUUAUAAGUUCAAUGCCACUUUGAACUGUAUUGACAAACCUGUUCAAAACCACAUUUGUUUGCUGUUGCAUUGUUUGUUUUUUUUUAUUCAUUAUAUAUGAUUAAUGUUGCUGCUCGGUUUUCUCUGAUUGCUGUGCCUACUUUCAGUAUUUCUUUGCAGUUGGAUAACUUUUGAAAUAUAAACAAGUUCUGAACCCACUACGAACACUUGGAGAAUGUGUGCAAAAGGUUGCACAGCUGUGAUUGUAACAAUUCUCUUUAAAACCAAAAAAAAAAACCAAACAAAAAAAAAAACUACCAGUUUAAACAUGAUUUUUUCUAAU